AUGUUCUUUCUGCUUCUAACCAAUGCCUUUUACCGCUUCAUCACAAUUAAGAUAUAUUUGCCCAAAUCACAAGCGAACAAAUUAUUCUUCCAUCCUUUCUUAUCGAAUUCUUUUUCUUCCAAGUCGAUCCAUUUUCUUUCUCAACAGCAACAAACAUUCCAAAUUGCCAAAAGGAAACUACCAAACAAACAAACGCCAAGAUUUGUGAACGCCAUUGCGUUAUUUCGAUGCGACGGAUUUCCACCCAAGGCUAAAGAGCCUCUCACUGUGCUUCUCCCCCGUUUCUCUCUCACUCUGCUUUCUACUUCUUUUGACACGCUCUCUCUGGCUAUCUAUCCAUUAAAUCAACAAUUGGCUUCGAUUUCAGAGAGAAAAUUCACCUUCACUGUCUCUCUCUCUCUCUCUCUCUCUCUCCCUUUCUUUCUGUCCAUCUCUCUGCUUCUCUUUGGCCUCUCUCUACCUGCCCCUGUCUUUGGCCUAUCUCUACCUCUCUGUGUCUCUCUCUCUGACUCCUCUCUCUCUCUCUCUCUCUCUAUCUAUCUAUCUAUCUAUCUUUACUUCUUCCUAUCUCUCUCUCUGUGUCUCUUUUUGUCUAUUGUCACUCCCUCCCUCCCUCCCCCUCUCUUUCAAUUUUCUCUGUUUCUCUUCCUCUUUUGUGCUUUAUGUGCAUCACUCUCUCUUUCUCUCUCUCUUUCUCUCUCUGACUUUCUGACCUACGCUCCGACAGCCAUGACCAACAUUCUUUCUCUUUCUUUCUUUCUUUCUUUCUUUCUUUCUUUCUUUCUUUCUUUCUUCCCUAUUCUUUUACAACAGCAACUAGCGGGACCAGAAGCUGGAGCAGGCCUUGGUGACAACGUCCCUGUCUAUGUUGCCCGUGGUGUCCCUGAUGGCUACCUUGGGAGCCUCCUGAGUAUUGCAUAUUUUUUGUCCCCGCCCCCAUAUUCUGAUUCAAAGAUCAUAUUUCUCUCUCUCUCUCCCCUUUCCUCUGUCUCUUUCUCUCACUCUCCUCUCCCCUCUCUCUUUCUGUCCCUUUCCUCCCCACUCCCUGUCUCUUUCGUUUCCUCUCUCUUUUUCUCUUUCUUCCCCCCUCUCUCUUUCUUCCCCCCUCUCUCUUCUACUCUCUACUUUUUUUUCUCUCUGCGGGCCGUUUCUCUGAUGCAAGCUAUUCAUUGGGUGAAAAACACCCUGAGGCCAGGUCACAGGUGUGGGAAAAGCCGCCUUGAAAGGUUAACACCCUAA